CACCUUUUAAUCCAUCGCUAUGUAGCACAUAACAGACGGGGGAGCGGCCCCAGCGGCGUGGCAGCAGCAGAACUCAAGGCAGCUUCACAGUGCAUCCCACUUUCUGUGGAGAAGUACCUAUCACAAGAGACCAGGUCUCAGCAGUGAUGUGGAGUCAGGCUGAAGGACCCACAAGGCAAAUCUACAGCAAUGAGAGAAAGGUCCAGAUUAAUUUCUGGUGCUUUGCCAUCAAGUCAACACUACCAUGCCAGGAACAAGUGUGAUCUGGAAUCUGCCCAGUUAGCAUCAUUACAGCUGGGAUUUUCCUAAACUAGAGGCCCUUGCAAAAAGUCUCUCUCCAGCUUUUUAAGGUCCCCUUCAGAUACCUGAAGGCUGCUCUAAAAUCUCCCCAGAGCCUUCUCCUCUCCGGGCUGAACAGCCCCAACUCGCUCAGCCUAUCUUCACAGGAGAGGUGGUCUGGCCCUCUGAGCAUCUUUGCGGCCUCCUCUGGAUUUUUUCCAACAGGUCCAUGUCCUUCUUAUGUUGGGGGCCCCAGAGCCGGACAAAAAGCUCCAGGCUAACAGGUCACAGUGGCUAAUGAAAGGAUCCAACAUGUCAGAACCAGUGCAAGGUGGGAGCUGGACAAGCAGUGAGGUUGAUGUACAAAAGAAGGCUAGAGCUGGUGCAGCCAGCCUUCAGAUUAGCAAAAUGUUUGGGACAGUAGUGGUUGGAGUUGGAAUUGCUGGCUUAGCACGAAUCCGAGACCUGAUGAAUCCAAUGCCUUCCAGCCCUUCUGAGCACCUGAAACUCCUUGGAUUCGUAUCCAGGAGAAGUUUUGGAAAUAUCAAUGAGGCCAAGCAGAUUAGCCUGGAAGAUGCUCUAAAAAGCAAAGAGAUCCAUGCAGCCUUCAUCAGCACAGAGAACAGAAGUCAUGAAGAAACCAUCAGAAUGUUUUUAGAAGCUGGGAAACAUGUCCUUGUUGAGUACCCCAUGGCUUUGUCUGCUAAGGCAGCCCAUGAGCUCUGGGAGAUGGCUGAGCAGAAAGAUAAAGUGCUCCAUGUGGAGCACAUUGAACUUCUUACUGAAGAGUACAAGCAGCUGAAAAAAGAGGUGGCUGGGAAAGACCUGGUGAAGGGAACGCUGCAUUUCACAGGUAGCGUCCUUGAUGAAAACAAAUCAGGAUUCCCAGCUUUCAGUGGAAUUGCCCGACUGACUUGGCUGAUUGACCUCUUUGGAGACCUCACUGUUACCUCCGCCACCAGAGAAAAGCAGAAGGAGAAGAAUUAUUCCAGAAUGACUGUUCACUUCCAGACAGCAAACAAGAAACCUCUGACUUGGAUUGAAGAAAGGGGACCAGGGAUGAGACGUGAAAAGAAAAUCAACUUCUGUUUCACAAGUGGUUGCCUGGAGAACUUCCCUCAAGCCCCAAGGUCUUCUGUGGGCCUUUUCAUGCAGGAUCAGAACCUCUUUGCCAAAAAACUGCUGGGCCAGGUAUCCAAGGAAGAGCUGGCUGCUGAGAAAUGGAGAAUUUUGAGGUGCCUUGACCUUGCUGAGGUGAUCCAACAGUACUGUGAAGAGCCAGAGAAAAUCUAUUCCUGAGACUGCUCUUAGGGAAGCAAGAACAUGGCAGACAGAAAAGCUGUAGGGCUAGAACUCACUGUUGCCAUCAAGCAGUUGCUGUUUCUAUUUUAUUACCUUGUUUUCAAUUACUUGUGAUUCCUAGACUCUCUGGGUGUUCUGGAGAGCCUGGGCUAUACUGUGUGCCUUCUGGUUUGCACCAGAGCAAAGCAGCAUUCACCUCCACCAAUGCAUUGCUGUCCUUUCAGGUAGAUAGGAACCUACCAACAACAGGCUUUCUUGUGAUUCAGUUGGAAAUAUCCCUGAGAGGAUUUCCUGGAGAACUGUAAAUACUAUAUAUAAUUUUCUCUUCUGAGAUGUGUUCCCCCCACUCCAGAUAUGUCUGAAAAUGAGAUGUGUGUCGAUGGUAUUCAUGUACUAUUUUCUAGAAAGGAGUAUUAUCUACAAUGAAGUUCUUGUUGAGUUUUCCACCUCUCUACUUGAUAUGCAGAACUUGUACCACCACAGUUCUGGCCUUUUCUUCCAGAUGCCCUGAAUUGUUCUGUGUGUUUGCUCUAAUUAGUUGUUAGGUUUGCGGUGCUUUUGUGUGUGGUUUCAUUUUUUGGGGAGGUGGGUGGUUUUCACAGUAGAAGUCAUCUACCUUUAAAUAGAAUCCUUAUUCAUAUCAAACCAGAAUAGAAGAAAAAUCUUGUCUCUUGACAGUUGCCAUGUUAGUUCACUCAGUUUCUCUGGUGUCCUGUGCCAGCAUGCAAAUCUUUUCCCAGCAGAGAUUAGGAACAUGUAUUCAACUAAUGCUUUGCCUGCCUGCUUUCUACUGAAUCUAAAUAUUUUUCUUCUGUUGUACUGGAAGCAGCAUAUUAUUGUGCCUCAUUUUUGUUCUGUAUCUAAUUCAGCAUGUGAAUGGAUAACAGUGAAAAAUAAUAAAUAUCCCGCCUUUAAGAAAAAAAGUAACUAAUGUGCUACUGGAAACAGGGAAGUUCAUUAGAAAUAGUGAUAAAUUUAGAAUAGAACUGUAGAAAAUGGAGCAAUUUGCAAAUAUAGCCAUGCAGUUAUGUCAUGGUUCAACCCCAGCUGGCAGGUAAGCACCACGCAGUUGCUUGCUCAGUGGGAUAGGGAAGAGAAUCAGAAAGGUAAUAGUGAGGGAAAAAAAGGUGUGUUGAGAUAACGACAGUUUACCAGGUAGAGCAAAAGCCGCAUGUGCUAGCAAAGUGAAACAGGGAAUUAAUUCACCACUUCCCAUGGGCAGGCAGGUGCUCAGCCAUCCCAGGAGCCCAUGGGCUCGAUCAUGCGCAGAGGCUACUUGGGAAAACAAAUGCCCUCAUUCUGAACUUCCCCCCCUUCCUUCUCCUUUCUCACCUUUAUAUGGUCAGCACGACACCCUAUGGUAUAGGAUAUCCCUUCGGUCAUUUAGGGUCAACUGUCUUGGCUGUGUCCCCUCCCAAAUUCUUGCGAACUCCCAGCCUACUUGCUGGCAGGAUGGGAUGAGAAGCAGAAGAGCUCUUGAGGCCAUGCAAGAACAACUCAGGAAUAACUAAAACAUCCCUGUUUUAUCAACACUGUUUCCAGCACAAAUUCAAAACAUAGGCCCAUAUUAGCUACCGUGACUCGAUUUAACUCUACCCCAGCCAAAGCCAGCACAGGUUAUAGCAUGUGACACUUGUGUGAAUGCGUCUUUAGCAUUUAUACUGUAGUCACAGGAUCACAUAGGAAAAUAUUAUCACUUCCCUAAAGAAGCAUUUUAGGUUUAGAAGCUUAAACACUGCACAAAACUAUUAACAAUUCAUCUGGUUGCCUUUUACUUUCUAAUUGCAGCAUCUGUUGGUGCUACAUUAAUAUAGUAGCAAACCGCAGUCUGUGCAGUUAUUCUUUCAAACCAGAAACAUCUUUUUCUUUCCACAUUAUCACUUGGGCAAUCUUUUAAUAAGGGAACAUACAUGUUGUGAAUUGAUACAUAAUUACAGCCAGUCAAUAUUGAUGAAAAAAGUCUUCCUUUGGGUAAAUUGUGUUCAUUCGGAAGUAAGAUACUGUUCAUUUAGCUGGAAACAAGGAAGUAAAGUCCAUAUAUUUUCUUCCAAAUCAGUCAGAUUUUAGGAGUGACUGGAGCUUGAUGUGUGAAUGAAUUCUGCAUGUGACAUUUGUUUAAAUCUACCCUAUCUGUUAGAAUCAGUAAAAACCCUCCUAACGGGUUGAAACCCUUGUGGGUUGGCAGCAGAUUUGUGCAGGCAGAUCCUGCACUUGUCCACCCAAAUGGACACCUUACUGAGCAUUCACAUGGUCUUCUGUGCCAGUGUGGUGAACAUGGUGUGGGCAGAUCUGAUGCUGUAUGAGGUGGAAAAGUGGAUUUUUGGCAAAAUGCAGAAAGUCUAUCUAGGAUUAGAAUGAAAUUAGAAUUUUCUCUGUGUGUCUGUCUGCUAUGUAUGACAGCCUGUGAAAGGUCCUGUUUCUUGAUAAAUUCCUCAUCUGUGAAUAUGGGAUGAAUGACACUAGUUUACAUGCUAAUUCAGAAUGGGUGGCUUUGGGGGGAAGGCAAAGGGAACGGAGAUUCACACAUCUCUAGGCAUCAAAAUUAGCCAACACAUCUCCCUGGGCAUGCUCUGCAAUUGCUGGUGAGAGCAUUAUUAUUCCUCUAAGAAACAGAGAAUAAAUUCACAGGAGCUCUGCAGAGCAGCAGUAUAACAUUGUGCAGUGAAUUGGCUUCUGGAGAAGCUUGUUUCUAUAUAGAGCACCUGGGGAAAUUAGUUGGUUAAUUUGAGCUAGGGAAAGCAGAUGCCUAGAGCUGGAUAUCCCACACUCCCCUCCACCCCCUUUCUAUUAGUUAGGUAAGCUAACCUGCUUACCUACUGCUGUCUGCCCUGCUCCUGGGAGCCUGCAGCAUUUAAAUGGCUUUUCCUUCUGCACUGUGAAUUUGCCAAGGUACUGUGAUGGUUUGUAUAUGAGAGCUACUGGAUGCCCAGUUUCAAAUGUAUGUAUUGUUUAACCAGAUGCCAAACUCACCAAUAAAAUAUUGGAACUCUUAA